AAAUUUAUUUCUAUCCAACAUGUUGUUAACGAAAGUGCUUUUUAUAUUUUCCGCGGUUUCUACAUGUUCUUGUUGGUAUUAUUACCAUUACUAUUACAAUCCGUAUGAUAAAUACUUUAGAGAACCUUACUCGUAUUUUAGAAGACAAAAUUCCAAUUGCGAAAGGUGGUGCUACUCUUACACAACCCCUCACAUCCACUGUUGUGUAUAUAAAGAGAGACCCAACACGUGUCCAUACGCCAUAGUCUACUGUUCCGUACCAUUGGCACCAGAGUUUACCGCACAUUUUCAAUGCAACGGCGACUUUGAUUGCCCAGUGGGUUACAAAUGUUGCGAUGAUUCCUGUUUCUCCCAUAAGAUUUGUAAAAGUCACAACAUUGAAUGGCUUAGAUGGAAUACAUAUUCUCAUACGUACAAUCACUACCUACCUAGUACUACUCCACCUCUGUCUUAUUCACCCAAACAAACCGAAGAUGAGAGUGAAGUUUUUAAUAUCACAGUAACAUCACCAAUCCCUUCCACUUUAAUUACUGAAACUUCUUCAGAAGAAUUAACAAAAGUUAAUGAAGUGACUUACACAACUUCAUAUACUACCUCUGAUUCGCCACAAUUAGAAAGUGUGACCGACGAAAUUGCUAAUAUUGUUGCUGCUGAGAAUUUAACCACUUCCGUCUCAUCACAAUUUGAAAAUGUGACAACUCCCGAGGAGGUAUUGGAUACUAAUACCGGGGAGACUUUAACUACCUCUGAUUCAUCACAAAUGGAAAAUAAGAUAAGUACCACAGAAGUUUUUGAUGAAGAGACUUCUACGGUCUCAUCUACCAGUACCACACAAAACACUCUCGGAGUGUUAUUCUACCUGUUUGGCAAAAAAGAAGCAAAAACUAAUGAACCAGAUAAAACUGAAGAACCUGCGGAGAACUCUGUUGAUAUAAAGGAAACGGAAGUAAACGGUGUUAAUAAUGAAACUAAUUCUUCUAAACGUCCUAUUUAUGAAAGCAGUGAGGAUGGACCAGUAAUCGAAGGGAGUGGAACUGAAUUAGAAGGAAAGGAAACUGAAUCAAUGAAUAAAGAGGGGAGUGGUAAUAGUGACGAUAAGGAAAGCAUUAUUACAUUUAUUGACGAUGAAGAUAUUGAAAGAAAAAGAAGAAGCAAUAUUGGUAAUAGAAAUAAAAAUAAAGAGGGAAAAAAGAAAAUUAGUUUAGAUAUUAACGGGGAUGAUAAUAAUGAUACAGAAAAUAAUGACCUUCUAUUUUUUGAUAGUAUGUAAGUGGGUGGGCGGACAUAACGGGGCGACUACCAUCUCUCCGAUCCUAACAUGGGACCAUAGCUUCGCUCACAAAAAAAUAAUAAAUUCGUAGUUGUUAAUGAAGAUGAUCUUAUUGUACCUCACAAAGUACCUACUAAGCCAAAACCUGGUACUAUAAAACCUAGCUUAGUAUUUUUCUGACCCUGAACCACAGUACACGCGACGAUGGAUAACAAAGAAAUGAAAUUCAUGUUGGAUUCCAUCUAAUUUAUCUCUUAAUUUGCCCAAAAUGUAAUCAAAUAUACAACUGUCAUUCACGAAUAUACAAAAAACGUUCCAAACCUUUUUUUAGGUUUGUGUAAAUAUAAUAAUAUUCUUCAUUUUAGAAAUAUUUUUUGUUGAGCGGAUGCAGACUUCUUUUUCGUGAUUGCUUAUAAAAAUAUCAACUAUUAGCACAUGGAUUCAAUAAAAUAUCUCCAUCUGAUGAAGAGAAUGUGUUAUCAUUUGAAGUGAAAUCUAUGUUAAUCUGUCAUUUAUUUAGAAUUAAGUGAUACGAGAAUGCAUAAAUCGGAUCGAGAGUCGCCGCGUCAAUACGAUCACACGAGCGCGAGGAUCGGAGCAAGGAUCAAGGGUACCAUGUUUUGAUCGGAACGUUGGCCCCAGGCGAAGCUCCUCGUUAUGUUCUUACCCUAACAAUUUAUUAUAAGGUCUAUGAUGUUCAAUUUUUAUCUUAUUUCUAGUUCAAUUACGCGACUACGCGUAAGUGACUUUUAUUACUAUGUACUUAUUGUUAGUUAAAAUUAAUGUGAAAGUGCGGUAUUAUGUUGAAUGAUCAUCUUACUUUUAAAAUAUGGAAAUACUUAUGUUAAAAUGAUUUAUUUGUAAUUUUGAUUAUUUUUAUAGAAUUAAAGGAAUCCGUACAAUCUUUAAUAAAUAUGUAUGGUAACAUUUUCAAACUACAAAUGAGACGGUUUUAUUCAUACUACUCCAGUACCAACUUAAAAAGUGAAAGUCAAAUAUGGGGUAAAUAGUUCCUGCGAUGUUAAUUGAAGACUAUACUUGAGUUUUCCACUGCGUAUCCAUGAUUUUGAAUACAAUAUCGGGGAUUAUUUAAAAUAUUACACAAUCCUUUAGCUAAAUUUCCCUAGAAUAUUAUGCAGGGCCGGAGCUGGGAAUGCGUAAAUACAACUUGCUUUUGUGAGACCGAGUUGACUCCCAAAGGUAAUUAGUUCGGUUUAUUUAAUGAGUAAUUAAGCGCGUAAAUACUUAUAUUUUGUUAUAUUUCGUUUGCACUAAAUUUUCUUCGUAAUUGUCUAAAAACCUUUUAUUGGUUUCUGUUUGCACACUGAAUAUUUUUUAGGUUAUGCUCUGUAUCAUCGUCAGUUUUAAGACUGGUUGAACGUACACUUCUACUUUUUCCUAUUCGAAGCUAAUCUUCGCAUUUCCCUAUAACUACGGCAUCCCACAACUUCCAUAAUGAUCUUUGUUAUCCUAAUCUUUCGAAUAACUCCUCAUUUCUAACCUUCUCUGUCCACGGUAUUCUUAUCAUUCGUCUGUAACAUU